CUGAUUUUCCUAAUUACUUCAUAAUCCCCACGCUAAUUACCUCUCUCGAUUCUCACAAUCAAAUGCUGAUUCUUCCUAUCAAAUUCCAUAUUUUUAAACUUUGCCCAAAUUUGAGGAUAUGAUGUCAAUAAUCAUGUCAAUAAUUGACAUAAUAAAUAAUAACAAUAAUAAAAUCAGUUAUUUUUAAGAAUGAAAUAAAAAUUGAAACAAAAUUUGUGGGGCAAAUGAAAAGUGGAACAAAAAGAAAAAGAAAACGUAAAGCUAAAGCAAACAACACUCUUGAAGGUUGAAGUCUAUAGCUAAGCUUCACUACACUUUCUCACUCUUUCAAAAAUCCUCUCAUCUAUCAAAAUCCGAGCAAAAAAAAAAGAUAAAGUUUGAAAGAAACCCUAGUUUAAGAUCCGAUCGUCAUCUCCAAUUCUCUGGAUCUUCAAAAAACCCAAACAAACAAAACUAUACAUACAAUCCCAAAUUUCGAAACUUUUUUUUCUUUGCGUUGCUCUGUUUCUUGAUUUUGUUAAGCAAUGAAAGAAAGAGGAAAGAGAACAGCAAUGGAACGAAGAAACGACGACGUUUCGUUAUAUUACAGUACUCCGUCGGAAUUCACUUGCCGGAAACAUCCAUCUGUUUCCUCCGGCGUUGGUAUUUGUCCGUACUGUCUCAACGACAGAUUAGUCAAUCUCGUAUGCUCCGAAUGCGGCGAGCAGCGACUCUCUUCUUGCUCGUGUUCUGAUAUCUCUCCUACUCGAACCGUAGAUGCCGCCGUAGACGCCGCCGUCGGAGAAAACGUUGUCAGGAUCUCUUCUCUCAUCGACGAAGAGAGGGCGAAACAGAGGAAAGAGACGAAACAGAGGAAAACAGAGGAAGUGGUAGUGUUCAAGAGGAGUAGUAGCAGUUGUGUUGAGAUUAAUAAGAGGACGAAGAAUCAUAGAUUCUCGAGAAUCGGUAGGUUUUUCAGGAAGAUUAAUCUUAAAAAAGAGAGAGAUUUUGAGAAGAACAAUAAUAAUGAUUCAUGGGUUUUGGAUUAUAACAAUGAUGUGAAGAAACUAGGAGUUUCGAGAUCGAGAUCGCUUUGUAGCUUUCGAGGAAAAGAUUUGUAUUGUAUCGGAUCAGAAGAAGACGGUUCUUCGUAUUCGGGUGCUUUCUCCGCCGCGAGGAGCUCAAGUGUUAAUGGCGGAUUAGGGUUAUGCGAAACAGAGUAUUCUCGGAAGAGUAACUUCGAAGGAAGGAAGAGCAACUUCAGCGAGACGACGGAGCAUUGGAAGAGUAAUUUCGAAGGAGGAAGGAAGAGUAAUUUCAGUGAGACGACGACGGAGAAUCGGAAGAGUAAUUUCAGUGAAUCGGAGCCGCCGAGAAGAAGCGGUUUCGAGGCUAGGAAGAGUAAUUUCAGUGAAACAGAGUAUCCUACUAGGAGGAGUAAUUUUAGUGAAACAGAGUAUAAUACUCGAAGAGGAAACAAUCCGGCGACGGCGGAGAAUCAUCCACGGAGGAGUAGUAAUUACGAAGCAGCGAGGAAAAGCGAUUCGGCGGCGAUGAAUUUUACGAGAAGGGUAAUGUCGAUGAAAGAGAGUAGCUACUUCACCGGAGGAGAGGAGCCUGGUUUCAUUGAUCUUAAGUUUGAUUCUUCCGGUGGAGGAGGAGGAGAUGUAAACGACGGCGUUUUGGAACACGGAGGAGGAGGAUCUUGUCGGAAAGAUGGAGGAGAGUUGCGUAAGAGUCGAAAGAGUUUCAAAGGAUGGAAGUGGAUAUUUGGACAUCAUCAACAUCAACUUCAUCAUCAUAACAGAGAUUCAUGAUGAAUUUAUGAAUUAUUGAAGGAAAGUGACAAUUUUUAUUGGAUCCAGUAAUGAAACAUGGAGCUGAUUUGUGUGAUCCGAUGUCAAUCUUAGUUUUUUCUUUCAUAUAAUUAUGGUUUAUCAUUUUGUUUUUUGAAUAAAUAUAUAUAUAUAUAUAUAUAUAUAUUUAGCCAAAUUUUGACGAUUUUCGGUUUGUUUCUACUCGGUUUCUUAGAAGUUUUACGAUUUUCGGUUUGUUUUCAUUCGGUUUCUUAGAUCUAUAGUUUUAAACAUAUAGUUUUCAUAGCCAAAAUAAUACCGAUAUAGUAUAGAUUAAUUUGAUAUAGUUAUCGGCUUUCGAUUGGAUUCAAUAAUUUUUCAUUUUUGGCUCGAUUCGAGCUUAGUAUCAGUUCUUUUGUAGAAAAAUAACACUAUUGUUGUAUAUGUAUUAAAGUUUGAUUGAGUUUCACCACUGAAUCUAAUGUUUUAAUCUACUUUCUAAUUUGCUUAAUGAAUUGCUAAUUUAGUUUUGUUCAUAAACUUCUUGUUUCACCAAUUCUUUAUUUG